CUAAAAGCCCGACGAGUUUGCGGAUUAGCUAAAAGCUUGUUAGUUGGCUGAGUGGGUUUUUUGUGGUCACACAGCUUUCAGGAUGUCAGCAGGACAAAAUAGUGACAUUCUUAAGACUCUGUUUUCAUUUGAGCUUUUGGUAAAAAAUGUCCGAAUCGAGAGAGAUACUAAAGUUUCCGACGAGCUGGCUCUUGGAGUGCGACUGCUAGAUUUCCCAACGCUGCUCAUCUAUCAGCCUCAACCCAGAAGUGGUGACAUUAACCGACCCGGGGAGCAUGACAAAGAAAAGAGAAGGGAAUACGCCUUUAAUAGAGGCAAGUCUUGUUUCUUCCAAAUGAACCUGGAUUCACUGCACACCCAUCUGUCUAACACCCCUCUCUAUGCUAUGGUGUUGGAUGUGAAGGAGGAGAUUCCCAAAUUAGUUGGCUCCUCCCUGAUAUCACUGGCCAAAGUGAUAGACAGAAUCAGGCAGGAUGUGACUGAGCAUGGUGUUUCUGCUCCCUCAUCACACGGAGAAAGGCGGCUUGUUAGCAUGUGCAGCCUCACAGGGGAGAAAAAUGGCUUGAUUUCCCUGAGUUAUAAACUGAUAAGUCUGGGAGCUAGUUUAUUGCCACAUAUCAGGGACAGGAGGGAUCUUCAACGCACCAGAGUACAUGGAGGACAACAUGUACAAGAAAGCAUCGAGGAGAAAAACAUAUGUAUAGAAUCAUUGCCUUAUGACUGUAGGAAUGCCCAUUCACCCACACUGGACAAGUCUGACAUUAGCAGAGACGCCCAAAACAAGGGACUGGCAAACACAAAAAUCUCAAUGAGUGAGGACAAGCAGGACGGCACUGCUGUGUGUGUUGCUACCAAACACACACCAAGAACCCAAAUUCCUCAAACACUCCAAGAAAUUGAAAACUAUUUUGAGGAGGAUUUAACCAUAUUCUGUCCCCCACGUCUUUACUACAGUAAUUCUGCAGAGGAAAAAAGCAAAAACGAAGGAGGGGAUUAUAAGUUGUUGACCCUAGACUCAGAAGCUUUUAUAUUUGAAGACUCAUGCUCUGAGGAUGAGAUGUCUGAAAAGAGAAUUGAGUUUCCACGUUCUCCAAUGAUGGAAGAGAGAGUAAAAAAUGAUGCAAAAACAUCAAGAAACCAAGAAAAAAGUGGGGUGAGUCCAAAUGUCCUUGGGCAAGCUUUACAACAGAUGCCUUUACUAAAUGCUCUUCUUGUUGAGCUGUCACAGUUAAAUGGCCAGAACCCACAACAGUCCUUGUCUGUUCAUCCUAACCUAGCGUGGAUUUACAGGCCUGCAUCCACAGAGCCUUCAGCUGGGCAUGGAGACACACCACGAAAAACGUUGCAGACGACCAGCCAGGGGACUAGUCGCUACUUUAAACAUUUACAUUCUCCUAGAAACUGUUCUACUCCAAUAGUUAGGUCUAAAUCUGUGCAAAAGAAAGACAGACAAGAAGAGGUUUUGAUUGAGAGUAAAGCUUCCAGUAAAUCUCAGAGGAAGAAGCUUGUUUAUGGAACCACUAAAACAUUUAAUCUAAGGCUUAAGCAAAUUUCACCUCUUAAAGUAAAACGCCGUCAAUGCAUGGAAUUAACACAGAAUGAAACACAGACAAGUUUGACCAAAGGAAAGACAAAGUCAGAAAAUAAAGUCGUAAAGUCCAGCAAAAGGAAAUCAGUACUAAAUCAGAGCUCCAGUAUCAAUGAAAAUAUUGAGACAAUGAUACAAAGCAUCACAGUGGACUCUGCACUACAAGGAACAACCACACUUAAACAGAAAAAUCUGCAUGGGAAAGAUAAACAUGAUAAACAAAACUCAGAAAAACCAUCCCCUUCUGAGAGGAGAGACAUGAAAUUUAUUCACAUCCCCAGUGUGGAUAGUGACAGCGCUGCCCAAAACAGAGACAAGAACGAGCAUCACAGUGAAUCAAAUCAAUCACACUCUGACUCUGACAGGCACAGAGAGGAAAUUGAAUCCUCAAGAAGCAGCAGACACGGCAGCCCAAAGUCUUCAUUUUCAGACUCCAGCGGGGAAGGAAACGAGGAAGCAGACUACGUUGAUGACUUUAACAGUCUUGAACCCAGUGAUGCCUACUCUCCUGACCCCAUGAGUAGCCCUGAGCCCUCUAGAGCCAAAACUCCAAAGUCCCCUGUCCGCCCUGACUUCUGCAACUCCGACUCUGGCUCUGAAUCUGUCCAGAGGAGAGCAGUCCUCCCCAUGCCCGUCAAAGCCCCCAGCUCUCCCCAGCGCUCUCUGAGGGGUACACACAUCAUUCGACCUCGAACCCACGCCUCUGCCCUCAGCUUUUCCUCCGACAAUGGUGACAGAGAAAGGUCGGCUUCCUUACAAACCAUAUGCUCCAGAAAGCAGAUGACAGACAGCAGCAGAGUGGAAAGGAGUUGGAGUCAAAGGAGUGAGUCCACCAAAAACAACAGUCCAGUUCGAGGAUUUUCUGCAGAAUCAAUAUCCUCCUUUGAACCACAGGAGGCUGAGGAACUGGAGGAUGAGCUGGGAUCUCUGGAUUUUAGAAAAGAGUAUCAGCAUAUCUCUGAGCUAGUGGCCAACAAACUCCCUGGUUACACUAUGUAAAGAAAAAUAUAUAAUUCUACACUAUGGUUAUAUCAAGGCUACACUGUUUCUCCCAACCACAGGAAACAGAUGAGUGUAGUAUUGUAUUGUACACAUCUUGCAAAUAUGUAAAUUAAAGUAAAGUUGUAAAGUUGUCCUUUCAGUUAUUCUAUCUGACAACCUUUUUGAAUAAAGACCAGCUUUUUGUGGAAAUAAUGUGAUCAUUUUACGUUUUAGUCACUCAGUUACCAUUCGGCCACUGGACAUUUGCAUAAAGCGUUCGACCAUGAGUCUUUUAAUAACAUAUAAGAGGAUUGAAAAUCUCUUUAUGCACACCGUUUAUGCAAAUCAUUUAAUUUAUAAUCUCUCAUUUCUAGUAGAGGUGUCACAAACUGAAAAUCUCCCUCUGCUCAAAGAGCAGCUCCUGAUUUCAGGGUAGUGCCUUUAAAUACUCACCCACUACUUUGCAUGUUUCUCUUGGUGUUAUUUGAUAAGGAAAAUAGGAAAAGACACAGCUGUUUUGUUGAUUCUAAGACCAGUUUGUUGUGUUUUGCAUGAUACUGUACUGUGUUCAGAGUUUCUUUUCCAGUUUUGAUUUGCAACUGAACCAUAAGAAUUCACAGUGGUGGAAAAUUUGGUGCUACAUUAUAAUUAUAUUCCAGUAUUUCUUUUCUUUUUACCUUGCUACAUUUAUAACAGCUAUAACUAUUGGUUACUUUCCAGAUUAUGACUUUAAAACCAUAUGAGCAUAUAAAAUACAAUGUUUUGUUACACAGAAAUAUACACUCACCUGUCAAACAGCUACAACUUUAAACCGCUCCUUCCACUUAAAUUCAUCAAUCCAAUAAAAUGACAAAUAAGAUUAUCAUACUAACUAACUAUACUAACACACUAAAAGGAGGUAUGCUGUAUCACCAGUACAUAAUCAAUAAUAAGAGCUUUUUGUUGACAAACUUUACUGCCUUUAAAGAAAUACUAAACUGGUAUCUCUCAUUUUACUUAAUUAAGUAUAUGAAUACUUCUAUCAUCUCUGCUAAUAUAUAUUCUUGUUUAAAACAGACGUUUCAACCGUACAGUUGAAUAAUGUCUUUUUUCAUCGUUAAUUUAUAUAUUACAUGAAUUAAUUGAAAACCAUGACUUAGACACUGUUCAAAGAAUGUAUUACAGUUGAUAAUAAUGUUAAAUUUGUGCAUUAAAUAA